AUGCCAUCAACCACCACGGCCCCGACCUCGACCUCGACCUCGACCCCGACGCCAAGGGUACCGCAUAGACUGCUCAAAGUUAUAUUGACGCCGAAAUUCCCAGAGAAUGUCAGCACUGAAGCAGAGAUUGAUCCUAAUGCAGUAUUCAAAUCAGAAGAGAAGAAUAUCUUGAAGGAGUUCGUGCGUAUUCUCCACGAAUACAAAGAAGAGCUUUUCGAUAAUCAUCACUUCGAUUUGCCGGACAUUGUGCCAGUCCUCGUUUCUGUAUCUCCGACGCAGACCAGCAGUCCAUUUAAAACCCUCGCUAGCAAGCUAGAGUUGAUGCGAAAGACUCCGACUCGCAUCCGCAUCGAUGGUCUCGAUGAUUGGGGACAGAUGCGCCGUUUCCACAAGAUCAUGUCCAAAAACAAGCAUAUUUUCACCCCGCUUCAUCUAUGCUACCACAAGAAGGGAGUUCUUCCCGCCGCACUUGGAAUUACCUGCGCGAUCCGCGAUCCAGCCCUGCACCGGACCCUCUGCGGCAGUCUUGUUAUCGUACAGACACCCAGUCUAGGACAGAGGACAUCUACAAUAGGCGGUCUUCUUUCGAUCAGAGGUAGCUUCUACGCUCUUACGACAAGCCAUAUGCCGCAUAAAGACGACGAGCUCUCUGAGAAUUCUGCCGAUGACGAGGGAAAUUCAGAAGCGAGGUCGGUCGUCAUCUACAACGUUGACACUGAUAGUGAGGACUCGGAUUCGUUGACUCCCCUCGGAUCGGAUGGUGCGAGUGAGGAGCGCGAGAACAUGAGACAGCUCCAAGAGACUGUGUCGUUGGAUAAUAGUACUAGCGAUGUCAUACCAAGAACCACAGAAGAGGUUAAAAUAAUGGCAUCGAGAGAUGCGGAUGCAUCUAUCACGACAGAAGCUGAGUCGUAUCCAGAAGAGAAAGGCGCAGCGGUCUCGAGGGAGAUCAUGCCAGAAGACUUGGCUGAGAAGGAAGGAUACCUCACAAGCCAGUUCGAAGAAGACGAACUACAGAACGGGGAGGUAAGAAAGUUCAGGAAGUCUGGAUUGUUGAACUAG